GUGCGUUAUCAUGUUCUUCUUGUGUGUAUUUACAGGUCUGCCAAUUUGGGUCAGAACCCACUUGUGAAUCUGAUCUGGUGUGUUCAGGUGUCCUGAGACAGGGGGCGCUGUUUCUAAAAUGAGUUCCUCAGAGGAGACCGAGACUGAUGAUGGAACCCACGGCCUUGCGAGAAAGAGGGUCCAGGUAGGUUGGGCUGGGUCACCUGUACCCAGCUGUUUGCCUAUGAAGAGUGACCUUUCAAUGCAUCAUCCAAUGUACUUCAGUGGAGAGUUCACAGGUGAUCAAAGGGUCCAGGUAGGUUGGGCUGGGUCAUCUGUACCCAGCUGUCUGCCUAUGAAGAGUGACCGUUCAAUGCAUCAUCCAAUGUACUUCAGUGGAGAGUUCACAGGUGAUCAAAGGGUCCAGGUAGAUAGGGCUUGGUCACCUGUACCCAGCUGUCUGUCUAUGAAGAGUGACCGUUCAGUGAAUCGUCUAAUCGACUUCAGAAGAGAGUUCACAGGCGAUCAAAGGGUCCAGGUAGAUAGGGCUUGGUCAUCUGUACCCAGCUGUCUGUCUAUGAAGAGUGACCAUUCAGUGAAUCGUCUAAUCGACUUCAGAGGAGAGUUCACAGGCGAUCAAAGGGUCCAGGUUGAUAGGGCUGAGUCACGUGUACCCAGCUGUCUGUCUAUGAAGAGUGACCAUUCAAUGCAUCGUCCAGUCGGCUUCAGAGGAGAGUUCACAGGUGAUCAAAGGAUUCACUGCUCACUGGAUUUAAGUCGUUCAGAAGAGAAGAGUUCAGAGACACUGUCCUCCUCAAAACAGGUAUGAUAUAUUAUUUUUCUAUUUCAAUAUUUGAAGUUAAUGUGACUUUCAGACGAUCAGAUUGAAUAUCUAAUCAGGUUUAUUAAUGUUAUAGAGUGCUCUGGCCCUCUUUGGCUCACAGAUAGACCGGAUUCCUUUUUAGGAUCCAUGAACGAUGGCAGUGGAUGACUCCAAACAGAAUUUUUUAAAGUUCAAAGUUCAAUGCAUUUAUUUGUCACAUGCAUAUACAUACAUGUAGUGAAAUGCUGGUGCGACAAACUCCUUGUAGACUGUGCAACAUAACGCUUCAAUAAUAAUAAUAUACAGAAAAAAUAAAUAAUACUAAUAAUAUAAAAUAAUAUAAGAUAUGAAUACAAAUUAAAAGAGAGAAGAAUAUAAAGAGCAGUUAUUUAAAUAAAACGAGCAAUACAAAUAAGUAAAAAAACGUAAGUUCUAAUAUAAGUCCUAAAAUAAGUCAUAGGAAGUGUUGACGUGUUGGUAAAAGCUUGGCAUAAGGUUUUCCUUGUUGAAGUCCCCUGCCACGAUGAGGGCAGCGUCUGGAUGCUUGGUCUGUAGUCCGCUUAGCACAUCAUGUAACACCGACAAAGCCUCGUCGUGUCCGCUUGUGGUGGAAUGUAAACAGCCCUAGUGAUCACUGCGGAAACUCCCGGGGCAGGUAGAAUGGACACUCAGCACUCAGUUUGUAUAGUUAGCAUUAAAAAAUGUAUUGCACUGAGAAACUUAAUUCAACUCCACAACUAAAUUAUUCCAAGGACAUUCGUGAUUCAUCACAAGUAGUGUCCCUAAAAAUCAUAAAUCAGGAGCAAAAGCUGCAUUUCGAAUAUAGGCUUUAGACCUGCUGCAUGUUGUGUUCUAAAGUAUCUUUUCCUGUUCUGGCCUUCCUACAAGAGAAAACAUGAGACAUUGCAGGCAUUUAGCAGUCACUCUUAUUCAGAGCGACUUACACAACUUUUUACACAGCAUUUACAUUGCUUCCUUUUAUACAACUGGAUAUGAACUGAAGCAAUGCAGGUUAAGUACCUUGCUCAAGGGUACAACAGCAGUGUCCUACCUGGGAUUCAAACCUCUGACAAGACCAGCUCCUCACCCAUUAUACUACACUGCCACCCAUAAUAAAGCAAGGCUUUGUUUCCAUG